AAUCUUGCUUUGACUUACCAGGACUCCUCAGUUCAGCUUCUCAAAAUGAGGUUCCCUGCUCAGCUCCUUGGGCUGCUAAUGCUUUGGUUCCCUGGAUCCAGUGGGGAAAUCGUGAUGACACAGACCCCACUCUCCCUGCCCGUCACCCCUGGAGAGCCGGUCUCCAUCUCCUGCAGGGCCAGUCAGAGCCUCCUACACAGUAAUGGAAACACGUGUUUGUAUUGGUUCCGGCAGAAGCCAGGCCAGUCUCCACAGAGCCUGAUCUACCUGGUUUCCAACCGUUACACUGGGGUCCCAGACAGGUUCAGUGGCAGCGGGUCAGGGACGGAUUUCACCCUGAGAAUCAGCAGGGUGGAGGCUGACGAUGUGGGAGUGUAUUACUGCGGGCAGUAUCUACAGUCUCUUCGCACAGUGGUUCAUGCCCGCACACAAACCUCCCUGCCUGGGGCGUCCAGCUGCCCGAGGGAGUGGCUUCUCUGGGGAAUCACAGGAGAGCCUCUGAGUCUGUGUCAGAGGAAGGAGUUGGAGGACCCGGGGGCGCAGCUUGCAGCUGGGCGUCAGGCUCCACAUGUUAAGGCCCCGACAGCUGCCCGGCCUGGCAUGGCAGAAGCAGCAGGGGAAUCUAGGGGCUCCUGUCCCGUGAGGAACCGGUUAUGGCGAAUGCAAGAGCUCCUGAGGGCUCCCCCUAAUCCUCCGUGCCGUGCUCGUGUUUGCCAAAUAAAUGCAGCCCGUCUAGUAAGCCGGGCAUUUCCCCACAGCGAUCCCGGUCCAGUGCUGCCGCCUGAGCAUGCGCUCCUGGCGUUGUCCCCCUUAUCUUCAGGAAAGACCCUCGUGUUUUAGUCUCAUAUGCUCCUC